AUGUCUGACUACAAUCAUGAUCGUGAUAGGGUUGCCCCCCUUUUCAAUCUCCCGUCCAACGUACCAGCUUCACUGGACUUCCGCAGGGCUACAAGAAGAGGCGGAUCGUGGGCCUUUGACUUCCACAACUCCAAGGUAUUCAUCGCAGCCAUAUCAUCGUUAGCCACUAGCUUGUUGUUCUUCAUCAUCAGAUAUUUUUUCGCUACACCCGAUACUUUAUUGCUGCCGGUGCCUGCCAACAGAGGUGCUAGCCACAAGGGCAGCUCCCGAGAAAUGACAAUGAGCGUGAAUGAGAUACGUGGAGAUAAAAAAACGGUCCUCGAUGAAAGGCUGCAGAUAUCAGACAGAGUGUCUAGGGGGUGGGCCAAGAUGAAGCGACGACUGAAUCGGCUUCGACAUGGCAGUCAGGGAGACGAGAAUCAGGGAGACGAAGAACUGGCAGUUCGGAACGUAGAAGAUGCCAAUGAUCAGAGGGGAGCCAAAGCAGCCGCUCCUCCAACAGGUCAACCACUUGGGUCUCAGAGCAACGCAGCUCCAAGUUCUGCGGACUUGACGCUGAAUGAUCCUCAGGAGGGGCUUGGACUUGAGGCGAGAUACCUCAUCGAUCAUGCUUUACUGCAGCAGAAAGACAUGCUUGCAAAGUCCAUUCAACAGACCAUCCAACAGAACCAGCAGCAGGCUCAGCGGUGGGCCCAAGUCCAACAGCACAACGAGGACGCGAGCUCAGUAGGAAAUGGAGUACCACCGACUCCUCCAAAUUCACAGACUCCACCUCCAGCAAGCAUAAAUAAUGAAGAAGAGGCGGCAUAG